UGUGAAUGCAGACGCUCAGAGAAUCAGGCGGCUGUGUACAGCAGAUACUGUACACAGCAUGAUGGGAGUUUGUCGUCAGCAAGAUCCAAACCAUGCACACAUCUGAAGCUCUCAGAGGAUGAUGAGGAGGAGGAAGCUCAGGUGAUUCGACCACAGCUCCUCCAGGACACGUGUUGAGCACCAUUUAAGAACACUACAUAGACAACAUGAUCUGAUCGUCAUCUACUUCUGAGACUGAUCUGAGAUCUGGACCAUGACGAUCACAAACACUGCUGUCGAUCAUUAGUUUCUCAGACUGCAGCUGAUUGGGACACUGGGGGAGCGUGAACAGGGCAAUGAAUGCAGUGAAGAGCAGUGAACAGACUCCACAUCAUAAGUCCAGCAUGAGGAAGCCUGACCUUCAUCCCUCCUCAAACACAGAGCAUAAGAAUGUCCUGCAGCUGAGACUCCAGCAGAGGAGGACACGAGAGCAGCUCGCUGACCAGGGCAUCAUGCCUCCCUUGAAGAGUCCGGCUGCGUUCCACGAACAGAGGAAAAGUCUUGAGCGAUCCAAGACUGGAGAUUAUUUAAAACACAAAAUCAGAAGUCGACCAGAGAAAUCAGAGCUUGUCAACAUGCAUAUUCUACAAGAACCCGCUGCCGAAGGUCCCGCACACGACUCACAGACCAAACUAAAGCGAGCCAGACUGGCUGACAACCUGAAUGAGAGAAUCGCUCUCAGACCUGGCCCGCUGGAGCUGGUGGAGAAGAACAUCAUUCCUGUCGAUUCCACUGUUAAAGAAGCAGCUAUGAAAGUGAACCAUGGGAAGUUCCCGCAGCAGGAGGACUCGUACGUGUUUGAGGAGGACAGCAGCAGUGAGAGUCUGUCUCCAGAUCAGCCGCACAGUGAAGAGUCGCAGUGUUCGGCUGAAGCGCUUACAGAGAACAAGAGCAGCGGCUCGAGCUCACCGACACUCACCAACACCGAGCACGGGUCUCUGAGAAAAGACGGCAGCCCUCAAAACCAGGGGGAGAACAUGACAAACAGCCAGGAAACUCCACCCAUUCCUGUUCCUGCAAUAGUCAAGUCCAAAAUGUCUGAGAAGAACCGGCACAAGAAACCCAAAGACAUCAAGCCUAAAGUAAAGAAGCUGAAGUACCACCAGUACAUCCCGCCGGACCAGAAGGCAGAGAAAUCUCCUCCGCCGCAGAUGGACUCGGCGUAUGCGCGUCUCCUGCAGCAGCAGCAGCUCUUCCUGCAGCUGCAGAUCCUCAGCCAGCAGAAACACCAGCACAACUCACACUCGCAUUCACAUCCACAUCCACAUCAGCAGCAGAGCUUCAGCUACCAGACCCUCAACCAGAGCACGCUCAACAAGGCGUCCGGUGAACAGCAGUCAUCAUGUGCGUCCAGCGUCCAGACCAGCAGCAGCUCCUCGUCUCCAGUGAAGAGCAGCUACUGCAACCCGUCCAUCAGCCCCGUCAGACCUGGACCGCUGCCCGCCAACCUGGACGACCUGAAGGUGUCUGAACUCAGGCAGCAGCUGCGGAUCCGUGGUCUGCCCGUGUCCGGCACUAAGACGGCGCUCAUAGAGCGUCUGCGUCCCUUCAAAGACUCCAGCUGCGCCUCUCCGGCCACUUCUGGAGACGUCAGCGCAGCCACAUUCCCUGUGACGCCCACCGGCUCGCUCUCGUCCUACCAGUCACACGGCACCGGCUUCUACCCGUUCUGCAGCAGCGGCUCCACGCCACCCAUCUCUCCGGCCUCGUCCGAUCUCUCCGUCAGCGGCUCGCUGCCCGACAGCUUCAGCGACGUCACCAUGUCCUCGCCGCAGUUUGGCCUGCAGCCGUCGCCGGCCCAGCUGAGCGCAGACGAGGGCCAGACGAGCGCGCUGGGACCAGACGCCGAGAAGGACAAGAUGCUGGUGGAGAAGCAGAAGGUGAUCGAGGAGCUGACGUGGAAGCUGCACCAGGAGCAGAGGCAUGUGGAGGAGCUGCGCAUGCAGCUGCACAAGAGGAAGCGCAUGCAGGACUGUCCCGCUCCGCCGCCACAGCAGCACAUGAUGCAUCUGCAGCCUCCUGCGCAGAUGCAACAGUUCUACGGCGUGUCCGUCAAGCAGGAGCAGGUGGCGUCCAGCUGUCCUCUGGCUGCCAAGCAGAUGAAAGGCGGCUGCAUGGCUCACUGCGAUCUGCACGCUGCGCCGCACUGCAUGGAGCCGCCGUCAUCUGCAAGCCCCGCCGGCCUGUCUGCGUUCCUGAGCCCUCAGUGUUCUCCUGAAGAUUCGCCCGUCACCAAACCCUCCAGCAGCCCCUCGUCCCCCGGCCAGCCGUACCUGCUGAGAGACUCGCACACGCUGCCUCAGAACGCAAGCAGAGCCGCACGCAACGUACAGUUACAGCAGAAGAGCGCAGGACAGACGGCGAGCUGCUCGUAUCCGUCAGAUCAGAGAAACCUGCAGCCGCUUUACCAUCAGAAUCCAGCGGACAACAACAUCAGCGCCAGAGGAUCCACCAAAGCCAAGAGCAGCAGCAUGCAGCAGAAAGAGGCUCUGUCUCUCUCUCCGCGGCACGUUGAGCCCAAGUCUCCCACAUCCAGCACUGCCUUCUGUAGCUCAGAUCCCCCUGCCUCCGGCAGUAAAGGGCCGCCGUGUUAUGAGGAUGCAGUGAAACAGCAGAUGUCACGCAGCCAGCAGAUGGAUGAGCUUCUAGACGUCCUCAUCGAGAGCGGAGAAAUGCCAGCUAACGCCAAAGAAGAGAGGUCUCCUGUAACCAAAGUUGUGCCUCACCUUACAGUUUCGCCCAAGUUCCACCGACACUACAGUCACAUGUCGCCCUCCAUGCUCGCGUACGAUCACGCGGCGGCUCACGGAGACGCUCAUCUGGAGGCGCUGCUGAGCCCCAUGAGCCGGACGCAAGGUGACGCAGCGCUCCUGAAGAUGCCCGCCGAGGACAGACGCUUGGAGGAGGCGGGCGACGGAUUCAACAGCCGAGACAUGAUGGACACGCCCGUAUCGCCAACGGCCGGAAAGAUCUCAGCGGUCGUCGCCGAGGGACACGGCCUCGGAAUGACCUUCGCGGAGUCGCCGUGGGAGACAAUGGAAUGGCUGGAUCUGACUCCGCCCAGCUCAGCCACCGCCUUCCACAACGGCCUGCCUCCAUCCGGGCCGAGCAUCUUCAACACCGAGUUCCUGGACGUGACCGACAUCAGCCUGAACUCGGCCAUGGACCUGCACCUGGAGCACUGGUGAGGAGAAACAUCAUGUCCACACCCAGAUCUCCAGAUCCAGUGUUUGAUACUGUUUUAUCACGUUCCAUCAAAACUUGAAUUGUUUUGACUGUGGAUUCUGGCAAAGAAUGUUUUGAUUACUGGAAACAGAAAGACGCUCCAAAUGGAAUUGAAUUCAAACCGAGACGUCCGUACCAUCCGUCUGUAAAUAUAUGAAAGCAACUCGAUACUUCUUUAUUUUGUCUGCACAUUUGUGGUGUGGGAAAAACACAUAUUAAUGCAUCACACUAGUAUAUCACGUGUACUCUCUUGUGCUGUUGUAAAUACGAAUUCACACUUGCACCUUGAGCUUACAGUAGGAUGUCACACUUUUUAUGAGCAUUUCAUUCCUUCCUAUCAUGUCAUGUCAUUAAUUUAUUUUGAGAGCGCUAACCUUUGUUUUUUUACAUGUGAUACGGAAGCCUGUUUCCGUCAUGGGAUAAAAUUUUUUUUAAAAAACGAUAAUUGCAUCUUUUUAUCUAACAAUGCUAACUUCUUCCUCACAGUUUUCAGAAAAAAAGUCUGAAUUGCAAGAUAUCAUCUCAGAAUUUUAGCUUUUUUUUUCUCCCCGAAUUGUGAAUUUACUUCAAACAAAUUUGUUUUUUGUUUCCACCACAGAAUAAGUAGUAAAAAUAGGUAACUGACAUUUUCUCAGUUUCAACUUUUUACUUGUAAUUGAGUUUAUAUCUUACAAUUCCGUCUUUUCAUCUUGUAAUUCCGACUAUCUCAUAAUUCUAAGUUUAUACCUAGCAAUUCCAACUGUUUUGUAAUUCCGACUUUCUAUCUCACAAUUCCAAAUUUCUACCUCGUAAUUCUAACUUUCUAUCUCACAAUUCCAACAAUUCCACAAUUACAACUUUCUAUCUUACAAUUCCAAGUUUAUCUCAAAAUUACGACUUUCUAUCUCGUAAUUCUGAGUUUGUAUCUCAUAAUUCUGAGUUUAUAUCUACCAAUGUCCGAUUUUAUAUCUCGCAAUUCCAACGGUAUUGUAAUUCCUACUUUCUAUCUCACAAUUUCAACUUUCUAUUUUACAAUUCCAAGUUUAUAUCUCAUAAUUUUAAGUUUAUAUCUCACAAUUACGACUUUCUAACUCGUAAUUCCGAGUUUGUAUCUUGCAAUUCCAAGUUUGUAUCUUGCAAUUCCAACUUCUUGGAAUCUCACAAUUCUUAGUUUAAAUCUUGCAAUGCAGACUUUCACAAUUCUGACUUUAUAUCUCGUAAUUCUUGCGGGGAAAAGUCCAAACUGUGAGAUAAGAUGUUGCAAUUAUCUUUUUAUUUUUAUGUCACUGCAGAAACAAGCUUCCAUAAUGUUAAUGCUCACACUUCAUGUGAAAGAAAAUAAAUCACUAAAUCUCUGGAGAAUUGAGCUGUAUUUUAGCACGAUCAAGCCAACAUCUCUGGUCAAAAGAGCAAAGCAGAUGAAGUACUUAAAAAAAAAAAAAAAAAAAGUUUCAUAUUUUGCUAAUUUCUUUCCCCGAAGUCUGUUUUGCAUUCUAGAUUAUUAUUAUUACUGCCACUUCUGUUAUUUUGAACAUUCAUUAGUUUUUUUUUUUUUUUUUUAUUAGUUUUUAUUAUUUUUGGAUCUUACUCUUCUGGUGUAUUUAUUUCAACCUUUUCUUUUCAUUGGCAUAUUUAUAUAUAUUUAUGAGACAUUCCUUUUCAUUAAAAACAAAAGUUAGAGUAAACAUACUCACAGUUAAAAGAGUGAUUAAAAUAAUGAGGACACAAGUGUGAAAACAAAUCAUGUUUACUAUAGUAGUGACAUUUUCUGACACACAAACAGUAGGUUUUUAAUACUGUCUGAUUUAUUUGUUGACUUACCAUCCCCGUUUCUCAUUGAAACCUCACUGAGUCCAAUAAAUCACAUUGUAUGAAUCUUAAAUGACAAUCAAAAUGUCCUGAAUCAAAAGCAAUACAUCACGAACUGUGAUGGCCAUUUUUACCAGCACUUGUGAAGAAUGAAUUCUAAUAUAUAGAUUAUAUAAGUUCAACUGUGAAACUGUACUGUGGCAAAUUUGGGACCUGACUUUUUUUUUUUUUUUUUUU